CACAGGAAGACUGUUGUGGAAGGGGAAGGUUUACCGGUGACGAACUCGAGUGUCCCCGCAGGAAAUGGUCGCUUCGGGAUUCUGCAUGUGUUCGGUGACAAGCAGCUUGCCACAAUUUUUGUCCACAGACUUGGAAAGAUUGCAGUCCCCCGCCCAUACUGCUCUUGCCCGGGUUGCUAAAUGCUUUGUAUUUUCCUUUAACCUCAGUAUUCCAGCUCCGCCUUGCAACCCCGAAUAUUUUUAUCUCCCCCCCUCCCGGGAAAUAAUCUUGGAAGCCGUGCAAUGGUCUGCAAGCCCAGGUCCAGCAGCGGUGUUGCAGCGAGGGGCAGAGCCUGCGCGCAGCCCUCCUCCUGCGAGUCCCGGGACCGCCUGUCAGUCAAGCAGCUCUCGCGAGGCCGUGGAGCCUGCGGUCGGUGCUGGCUGCUGCUGCUGCCGGUGGCAGGCUGCUGCUUUGCUUCAAUGCUCCGCAGUCCGGGCUCCUCCGCACGGUCCGGCGAGCUGGCAUGACCUGCAGCGCACUUUUAGCAUACUGACGUGUCAGAAGGAAGUACCAUGGCAACACCCCCUGUACCUGGUGCAGGGAUGCCUGGAGCAUUUUCUGGACCCCAGGCUCAGGCAGGACGUGAAGUUAACACAGCUUCUCUCUGUCGAAUCGGCCAAGAGACGGUACAAGACAUUGUCUCAAGAACAAUGGAAAUCUUCCAGCUUCUAAGAAACAUGCAGUUGCCAAAUGGUGUGUCAUAUCACACCGCCACCCACCAGGACAGGCAGGGGAAGCUGCAAGAACACCUUCGCCAAUUGUCUGUACUCUUCAGGAAGUUGCGACUAGUCUACGACAAAUGCAAUGAAAACUGUGCUGGUUUAGAUCCUAUCCCAAUGGAGCAACUUAUUCCUUAUGUGGAAGAUGAAAGUACAAAGCACGAAGAUCAUAGCUUGGCAAAUCAACUCCGCUUAGCAAGUGAAGAGAGGCGGGAAAUUGUAGAGGUAAAUAAGAAGCUUAAACAGAAAAACCAGCAGCUGAAGCAAAUAAUGGAUCAACUACGGAACCUGAUUUGGGACAUUAAUGCAAUGCUGGCAAUGAGAAACUGAAUCAGGCUAUUAAGUCUGUUGGUAUUUUGAUUGAAUGUAUGCGUGUGUACGGUGAUAAUCGGUGCAGGACCUGCUAACCAAGGUUGCUGACUGAAGUCCUAUUUUAAAAAUGAAUGCAAAAGAUGUGUGCCUUGGUAUGGGGUGCACAGAGAAACUUAUCCAGAGCUGAAUGUCACUUUGUGAACAGUGUAUUAAUUUGAGAAACAUAUUUAAUGUAUUUGUGCAGCAGUUACCAGGUUGAUAUGGUAGAGGGUAUAAACACCUAAUCCUGAAGGGAACCAGGUCCACGGUUUAAAAGAAUUUAAACUAUGUGGCAGCCUUUUCUGAUUGCUGAAGACUUAGAGGAUUAGUGUGUUUACCCUUUCUGUCUUUAGUCAGGCUGUGUUUAUUUUUCUUUUGAGAAUCUGUGUUACAUUUGCAGUUGAGCCUUUUGUUUCUUGAUAUCCUGAUGUUCGAAUCUGCAAUGUCCACUGCUGCUGUCUCUGAAUCUGGACAUGCUCCACAAACUCAAAAUGAUUUUUGACAUAAUCAUACCAAACCAAAAAUAGACUUCCAGUGCAUCAAUCCAGAUCUAUAUCUUGAUCUGUAAAACACUAUUCUAAUCCAUUUGCUUUGUGUAGAGAUCCCAAUCCAUGUAGUUACAGGUCAUUCUGCUUGUUUUUUUUUAGAAACCCUAAUGUUUAGGGAGCAUUUCUGGAAAAUUAGUUGCUUAUUGCCACUAAGCUGCAAAGCUUUAUUUUGAUAAUUUGAUAUUUUACAGUUAAUUGGUUCCAGGGUACUGUAAAAGUAUUUUAGAUAAUUUAAGACCGGUUUUAUAAAAUAAUCAUAAGGUUUUUUUUGAUAAAAGUGAGCAACUUUAAACAGCUGUUUUGCAAGUUUAUAGAAAAUAAUUCUAUCCUAAAAGUAAUUACCAUCAUUAACAAGGCAACAUUGUUCACAUACAGUGUGGUCUACAAGAACAAGUUCAAGUAGCUUACAAUGGCUAAUUAUAAGUGGAAAAUACAGCCUUGAAAGCAGUUAUAUUUUAUUAUAUAGUUGUAAUUUUAUCCAGGGUCUUAGUUUUUGGAAGGCAGAUUAAUGCUUGCCAGUGCUGACACUCCAUGCAGGAAGAUGACCUGAUGAGACCGUUGAUGAGGGGAGGGGGUCAGCUCCUCAUGUUUAUCAAGAUAAAACAUGCAUUUUACUAUUGAAAAA